AUGUCGAGCAUACAUGAAAGUUUAUAUUUCAACCCAAUGAUGACCAAUGUGGUCCAUGCCAAUGUGUUUGGCAUUAAUGAUUGGGUGACUCCGUACAACAUCUCCGUUCUGGCCUUACUGUACCAGAUGAUCACGUCAAAAACAAUUGCUCUUCAGGAAAGAAGGCGCUUGAACAAACUCAUCCUGCCUCUACAACAGGUCGGAAUAGCUUAUUGAUCACCUUUACAACUUCAACUUUCCACUAUCAAUUGCUUGCUUUUCUUUAUCAAAGGUUUUGUCUGUCUAUCAGGGUCCAGACUUGAUUCAUGGCCAAUACCUGAAGACUGUGGAAGAAUUGUGCCUUCAAACAGCAUAUGCUGUGAGAUGCCAGUAUGGAUGAGUCCUCGAUUCAAUUGCAGUGACCUAGGCCUAUUUGUAACGUAAGAGGUCAGUGCUGCAUGUUAUCUGCUCUUUCAUCACACACGUUUUAUCCUUACAGGUUACAUGAAAUGGCUGAUGGAGAGCUGAAGGACAUGGAAUGCUUCUUUGCCACCCUCCCCACUCCUUUCAGUGCUAUUGAUUCUGAGGCAUUUAAGACCAGUGUUGUUGGCAAGUACACAUAAUUUGAUCCAAGGGUCUAAGGGUUGGAUCAAAGGAGCACUGUGUCUAGUUAGAGAGCACUGCUAUAUGAAUUUACUUAGAAUUUAUGGGACAGAUUGCUCACUGAAUGCUAGUCUCUCAUCAUGACAGCGUCCUCUGUAUGUUUUUAGGUCUGUUCAUGAGACGCAUGCUCCUGGCCUACAACAAGCAGUCCUUCAGCCAGGUGUACAAACUGUACAAAGCCCUGCAGCACUACUACCAGAGUCACUACACCCAGCCUGGUGAUGGCCAUGGCCAGGUGGGGCUGCCUGCCCUGGCUGCAGAUGACUCUGACAUGGACCUCACCAGCACAGAGGACACUGUAGGGGAGAGCAUGGAGAAGGAGGAGCUGGACACAGCACCGCUGCAUGAGUCGGAGCUAAGGUUUGUAUAAUUAAAAGUAGAGGUGGUAGUAGAGGGGAGUACUGUGUCAUCAGUUUAUCCUUUGCAGUUUGCACAUUUCUCGUUUUCCCUAUUUGAGACCUUUUUUGUUCUAUAGAACUGAGGACGCCCCAAGCAAGCAGUGUACUUCCUUGCUAGACAGGCGUACCUUUUAAAGAAUGAUGAGAACAAAGCCAUGAAGCCAGCUGCCCUGCAGGAUGAGCUGAACAACCCUGACUUUGCUGAGGCGGUGAGGCUUUACUAUCAAUUAAUAUGGACUCACUCAAACAAACAUGACAGGAAAUUUGUCUGAAACUAGAAGUGAGCUUUUGGUUUUCUGUGAAUCUGAUUUGUAUCUGAGGCACCUGUUUUGUGUCUCUGCAGCAUUACCUGAGCUACCUGAACAGCUUGCGAGUCCAGGACAUCUUCAUCUCCACCCACAGUUUGUUACAUUACUUUGCCUCAUCCUGUCGGGGAGCGAGGGAAAGAGCAACGGGGAUGAGGGCUACGGGAGAAGUCUCCGCUACGCUGCCCUCAACCUGGCAGCACUGCACUGUCGCUUUGGACACUAGUGAGUAGUGAUGGGCAUAGAUAUGGAAAGUCUGUAGUCUGUAUCAAUAUCAGUUGCAAUUUUAUCAGCUGCAAUAUCAUGGCAAAAUGAAAAUCAACUCCAACUCUUGACUCAGUCAACAGGCUGACCUGGCUCUACAGGAGGCUAUCCGCAUCGCCCAGGAGUCAAAUUAUCACGUGUGCCUGCAGCACUGCCUGGUAGGAGCUUUUACUUUUGUGUUAUAUGCCCAACAUAAAGUAUUUACACAAAAUGUGUAGUCAAGGUUGGUCAGUGUCUAUGUCACUUUCUCAGCACCAAUACUGUACCUGUGUAAUCAUCCAUGAAUGUAUUUGUAUCUCUUUCAGAGUUGGCUUUACACAGCUCUGCGCUAACUGAGGACUCUGUGAAAAUGGCUGCCCACUUCUGUCUACCGGUAAGAAUAGCAUGAGCCUGCAGAUGAGACUGGAGCACUCCAGGUUUACUUACCGUUUUAUCCAAUAGAUUCAGGAAACUGAGAGGCUAUGGCAGUUCAGUAGAUCCAGGUGUUUACUAACUCUCACAUUACCACCCCCCUUGGUACCAGUGCACCAAAUCUGGAACCAACAGGACCCUGAACAGGUUCUACCCCAAGCCAUAAGACUGCUAAAUAGCUAAUCAAAUGGCUACCCGGAUUACCUGCAUUGACCCUUUUUUGCACUAACUCUCUUGCACUGACUCUAUGCACACACACACUGGACUCUACCCACACACUCACACAUGCUUAUACUGACACCCCAACACACAAAAACACACACACACUACAUACGCCCACACACACAACACGCACACACAUGCAUACUGAUGCCUCACACACACAUUCACACUCACCACAUACGCUGCUGCUACUUUCUAUUGUCUAUCCUGUUGCCUAGUCAUUUUACCCCUAGCUAUAUCUACAUAGCUACCUUAAUUACUUUAUACCCCAGCACAUCGACUCGGUACUGUUACUCCCUGUAUAUAGCCAUGCUAUUUUAACUCGUUAUUGUUAUUAAUUAUUUACUGUGUAUUAAUUCCUCGUGUCACUAUUUUUUUGUGUGUAAAAAUAUAUAUACGGUACCAGUCAAAAGUUUGGACACACCUACUCAUUCAAGGGUUUUUCUUUAUUUUUACUAUUUUCUACAUUAUAGAAUAAUAGUGAACACAUCAAAACUAUGAAAUAACAUAUAUGAAAUCAUGUAGUAACCAAAAAAGUGUUAAACAAAUCUAAAUAUAUUUUAGAUUUUAGAUUCUUCAAAUAGCCGCCCUUUGCACACUCUUGGCAUUCUCUCAACCAGUUUCACCUGGAAUGCUUUUCCAACAGUCUUGAAGGAGUUCCCACAUAUGUGGAGCACUUGUUGGCUGCUUUUCCUUCACUCUUCAGUCCGACUCAUCCCAAACCAUCUCAAUUGGGUGGAGGUCGAGGGAUUGUGGAGGCCAGGUCAUCUGAUGCAGCACUCCAUCACUCUCCUUCUUGGUCAAAUAGCCCUUACACAGCCUGGAGGUGUGUUGGGUCAUUAUCCUGUUGAAAAACAAAUGAUAGUCCCGCUAAGCCCAAACCAGAUGGGAUGGCGUAUCGCUGCAGAAUCCUGUGGUAGCCAUGGUUAAGUGUGCCUUGAAUUCUAAAUAAAUCACAGACAGUGUCACCAGUAAAUCACCCCCACACCAUAACACCUCCUCCAUGCUUUACGGUGGGAAAUACACAUGCGGAGAUCAUCUGUUCACCCACACAGCGACUCACAAAGACACGGCGGUUGGAACCAAAAAUCUCCAAUUUGGACUCCAGACCAAAAGACAAAUUUCCACAGGUCUAAUGUCCAUUGCUCAUAUUUCUUGGCCCAAGCAAGUCUCUUCUUAUUGGUGUCCUUUAGUAUUGGUUUCUUUGCAGCAAUUCGACCAUGAAGGCCUGAUUCACACAGUCUCCUCUGAACAGUUGAUGUUGAGAUGUGUCUGUGACUUGAACUCUGUGAAGCAUUUAUUUGGGCUGCCAUUUCUGAGGCUGGUAACUCUAAUGAACUUAUCCUCUGCAGCAGAGGUAUCUCUGGGUCUUCCAUUCCUGUGGCGGUCCUCAUGAGAGCCAGUUUCAUCAUAGCGAUUGAUGGUUUUUGCGACUGCACUUGAAGAAACUUUAUAGGUUCUUGAAAUGUUCCGGAUUGACUGACCUUCAUGUCUUAAAGUAAUGAUGGACUGUCGUUUCUCUUUGCUUAUUUGAGCUGUUCUUGCCAUAAUAUGGACUUGGUCUUUUACCAAAUAGGGCUAUCUUCUGUAUACCCCCUCUACCUUGUCACAACACAAGUGAUUGGCUCAAAUGCAUUAAGGAGGAAAGAAAUUCCACAAAUUAACUUUUUAAGAAGCCACACCUGUUAAUUGAAAUGCAUUCCAGGUGACUACCUCAUGAAGCUGGUUGAGAGAAUGCCAAGAGUGUGCAAAGCUGUCAUCAAGGCAAAGGGUGGCUAUUUGAAAAAUCUCAAAUAUAUUUUGAUUUGUUAAACACUUUUUUUGGUUACUACAUGAUUCCAUAUGUGUUAUUUCAUGGUUUUGAUGUCUUCAUUAUUAUUCUACAAUGUAAAAAUAAAGAAAAACCCUUGAAUGAGUAGGUGUGUCCAAACUUUUGACUGGUAGUGUAUGUAACUCUGCAUUGUUGGAAAAGGACCCGUAAGUAAGUAUUUCACUGUUAGUCUACACCUGUUGUUUACGAAGCAUGUGACAAAUAAAAUUAGAUUUCAGAGGGGCUUUCCUUUCAUUUUAUUUUCUCUCUUCAGUACCUGGCAUCUCUGGGCAUUCAGUCCCUGGUCCAGCAGGGGUCAAUUCAGGGCAAGACAGCUCAUGAGCUCAUGGACGCGCUGAAGGACACAGACAUCCUGCACUGGAGGCACAGCCUGUCAGAGUUCAUAGACAUCAGCCUGGCUCAGACUACAUCCAUAUGGAGGAUGUAUGGCAAGAAGUGGGUCUCCUUCACUUAUUCUGAUAUUACCUGACAUAAGGAAUCCACACUAAGCAUAAACAAUUCUAACCACAAUGAGUUUAAUAUAAAAUAAUAAAACCUGGUUGUCAGUCACAUAUUUGGCAGAAAUGUGAACCGCAGUUCACAGACAGUGAAUGUCCAUUCUUGAUGUCAAGUCUUGACUAAUUUAAUUAAUCCAACACAGAUUCACUGACUGCGUGUCUGUAACAUCCCUGUUCUGUCAUGUCCUGUUAAACAUAUGCAUUCCUCCAGCACCAUGGCUCAGUGUCACGGUUUCGGCCGAGGCUGCUCCUCCUCCUGGUUCGGGCAGGCUUCGGCGGUCGUCGUCCCCGGAGUACUAGCUGCCACCGAUCUAUGUUUCAUGUUCGUUUGGUUUUGUCUUUAUGUUGUACACCUGUGUCUUGUUAGUCCUCGUUAGUGUCCUAUUUAGUUCUCGUUGGUUGGGUUUGUCUUUGUGUGUGAUUGCUCUUCUGUUUUCGUGUUGGAGCUACGUACUUCCCUCCAGUGUUUUGGAGAGGUUUUUCGCACAUGUUAGUGCGCCGUUUGUUUGACGCCUGUGUGCGCCGUGAUUUCGCCUUCGGGCUUAUUGUGCUUAUUUUCUACGUGAAUAUUGCACUAAAGUCUUUUGGACUGAGCUUCUGCGUCCUGCGCUUGAUUCAUGCACCACACCCACCUUCAGCACCCCUUGACACUCAGCAGCAGGCCUAGCUCCUUCUGAACAUGAACAGCCUGGAGUAGGUCAACUUUUGGGUCCAGCAGAACAACACAGAGGCCUUUGCUGUGGCCCUCUGCCACCUGGUUGUGCUGCAUGCUGAACAGAUACUGUAGUUACUAGUUAGUACACCUCUUCCCACUAUCUCUGUCUCCACCCCUAUCUGUCUUCUGUCCCACUGUCACAUCUCCCUCAGGGCUGUUUCACAAGCAUUGAUGUGGUCCAGAUUACAUCUCAAAUAAAAUAAAAUAAAAUAAAAUAAAAUUUUAUUGGUCACAUGCGCCGAAUACAACAAGUGCAGACAUUACAGUGAAAUGCUUACUUACAGCCCUUAACCAACAGUGCAUUUAUUUUUAACAAAAAAAGUAAAAAAUAAAACAACAACAAAAAAAGUGUUGAGAAAAAAAAGAGCAGAAGUAAAAUAAAAUAACAGUAGGGAGGCUAUAUAUACAGGGGGGUACCGUUGCAGAGUCAAUGUGCGGGGGCACCGGCUAGUUGAGGUAAUAUGUACAUGUGGGUAGAGUUAAAGGGACUAUGCAUAAAUCAUUAACAGAGUAGCAGCAGCGUAAAAAGGAUGGGGUGGGGGGGCAGUGCAAAUAGUCCGGGUAGCCAUGAUUAGCUGUUCAGGAGUCUUAUGGCUUGGGGGUAGAAGCUGUUGAGAAGUCUUUUGGACCUAGACUUGGCACUCCGGUACCGCUUGCCGUGCGGUAGCAGAGAGAACAGUCUAUGACUAGGGUGGCUGGAGUCUUUGACAAUUUUGAGGGCCUUCCUCUGACACCGCCUGGUACAGAGGUCCUGGAUGGCAGGAAGCUUGGCCCCAGAGAUGUACUGGGCCGUACGCACUACCCUCUGUAGUGCCUUGCGGUCCGAGGCCAAGCAGUUGCCAUACCAGGCGGUGAUGCAACCAGUCAGGAUGCUCUCGAUGGUGCAGCUGUAGAAUUUUUUGAGGAUCUGAGGACCCAUGCCAAAUCUUUUCAGUCUCCUGAGGGGGAAUAGGCUUUGUCGUGCCCUCUUCACGACUGUCUUGGUGUGUUUGGACCAUGAUAGUUCGUUGGUGAUGUGGACACCAAGGAACUUGAAGCUCUCAACCUGUUCCACUACAGCCCCGUCGAUGAGAAUGGGGGCGUGCUCAGUCCUCUUUUUUUUCCUCAGGAGAUGUUCACUGGUACUGACUGUGAGUGAGACUUGGUUUAGUUACAUGUUCCUCCAGGGCUUGUAUGGGGCUGUGUCUGAGGUCCUGAAACAUCUGAAGGAGCAGUUUCCCCCUCACACCCAACAUGCCAAGGUGAGGCAAUCUGAACUCCUACUUAUCUCUAUCCAUCAACUUUAGACUUGACCUCGAUCACCAUGUUUGGCACUUUUCUAUUGAUAUAGUAUACAGAAACACCAUUGCCUCCUUAUAGUAGGCAAUGGCACUGACAUGGCUGGUAUGAAGUGGACUUUAGUGAAUUCUAAAGGUUUGUGUCAUCUAUCACCCAGCUGUGGAUGCUAUGUGACCUCAAGAUCCAGUUUGACACAGCUAUGAAGGAUGGGAAAUACCACUUGGCAGAACCCAUGUCACAGCCAUUGCUGCCUUGAACAAAACAGAGAGUCUUUAUAGCUAAGGAAGUGUCUUGACUCAGAACACAGAACACCUUUACACAGUCUUCCAGUGUUCUAGUUCAAGGGUUCCCAAACUUUUUCACUCGGGGCCUCCCUUCCAGCAUUGGUUAACACCUACCAACAAAACACCAAAUGAUGGAAUUUCUCGUCAAAGAAUGGUGUCGCAUCCCUUCAAUAGAGUUCCAGACACUUGUAGAAUCUAUGCCAAGGUGCAUUGAAGCUGUUCUGGCGGCUCGUGGUGGCCCAACGCCCUAUUAAGACACUUUAUGUUGGUGUUUCCUUUAUUUUGGCAGUUACCUGUGUAUGUGUCAUGUUAACAGGAAAGCUCAAGUGCUGAAGGCGCUGAACUGGACCACUGAAGUGUACAAUAUCCUGCAGAGGCUGCAGCUGUACAGUGAGAAGACCAAGUACACAGAGAUGAUCAUCAGGUAAGCCAGGACACUAAAUGAAAACACCAGACUUCAUCUGUCGAUGGAGUCCUAGAAUGUUGUGUGAAUAUGUAUUUAUCAAAUUGUCAAAGCUAUUUGUUUGGGUAAGGGUUGUGUGGCUGUGUUUAUAUUUGUGUGUAUGCCUUGUGCAGGGUGAUGCUGGCCACUGCAGAGUUGCAUUGAGAGUCGUCAGGUGUUGCCACAGCCCUUGCUCUCCUGCUGCAGGCUCUGGCCAGACAGCGCCACCUACAGGCCUUGGCCUCUGAGACCAUCCUGCACCUGGCCUUCACUCAGGUCAACACAACACACGCCUGUUAUGGCCAACACCAUUGUUUGCUCGGUAUACACACAUAUUCUCAGAUAUACAAAUCUUCAAUCCCUUGACCUUAGACGGAACUGCAUACUGUAUGCAAAGCAAACUCCCACAUGUAGGCAAAACAAGGAAAUUCAUACUGGGUUAUAUUUAAAAACUCCAUCAAUAGUUUGUGUUGUUUUCUGUCACCCUGUCCAGUUGAUGCUGGGAGUGCUGGAGCAAAUCAAAUCAAAUCAAAUUGUAUUUGUCACAUGCGCCGAAUACAACAGGGAUGUAGCUCAGUUGGUAGAGCAUGGCAUUUGCAACGCCAGGGUUGUGGGUUCGAUUCCAGUAUGAAAAUAAAUAAAAAUGUAUGCACUCACUAACUGUAAGUCGCUCUGGAUAAGAGCGUCUGCUAAAUGACUAAAAUGUAAAAAUGUAAUGUAAAUGUGUAGACCUUACAGUGAAAUGCUUACUUACAAGCCCUUAACCAACAAUGCAGUUUUAAGAAAGAAUACCAAAAAACAUCUCAAAAAAUACUAUAUAAAAUAAUACUAAAUAAAAGUAACAAAUAAUUAAAGAACAGCAGUAAAAAUAACAAUAGCGAGGCUAUAUACAGGGGGUACCGGUACCGAGUCAAUGUGCGGGGGCACCGGUUAGUCGAGGUAAUUGGGGUUAUAUGUACAUGUAGGUAGAGUUAUUAAAGUGACUAUGCAUAGAUAAUAAACAGAGAGUAGCAGCAGUGUAAAAGAGGGGUGGGGGGGCAAUGCAAAUAUUCUGGGUAGCCAUUUGUCCUUCAUGAGUCUAUUCUGGCCAACGGAGCAGUCAUGGAUAAGGGCAGAGCUCUGCUGCUGGCAGCCUGCUGGCAGAUGGCCAUGGCUGGGUCCCGGCCCAAAGGUCAGAGGCAUGCAGGUAACACACAUCCCCAACACCAAAACUUCAUAUCACUAUCUCAAAGAAAUGUACACGUUUGUUGGUGGUUAUGAUAACUUUACCAUUUGAGUACACAUAGGAGUCUUUCAGCAUCAUAUUUUUCUUUUGAGUCACAUAAGCAGUACCAGCAAUGAGAAUUACACUACAAUUUUGAACAUUUACACAACCCCAACGUCUGAUUCCCUGUUGUCUCCCUCCAGGUCUGGGCCAGGCUGUGCAGACGCUGGGUGAGGCUGUAGCCUACUUCUCCAUGCUGGACUGUAAGGAGCGUCUCCGUGACGUCCACUACCUGCAGGCCCGACUGCACCACACCCUGGGCCAAACCCCCCAACGCAACAAAUGUGCCAUGCUGUUCUGCCUCCUGGACCAGGAGCUGCAGGAGCCGGGGGCAGCCGUUGCCAUGCGUCUCUAA